GUUAGCGCAAAGCUACGCAGGCGCGUUGCGGUACUCACAUCGCAGUAACUACGGAACCCACGCUACGGACACCCGUAGCACUCGUCAACACCUACCGCGUUUCCGAACGCAUUUAAAAAAGUAACGUGUUCCAGUUGCGAAUUUUAUUAAUCUGUGGCACUGGCACGAAGCGGGUAAAGUUUGUGAUCCAUUUAAAAACUUUAUGGAAUGAGAAAACGAAAGACGAAGUGACUGGCCAGUUUGUAUUGUUUUUUUUUUUUACAUUCUUUUGUUUUCGCUGUGUUCAUUGUUUCUUUUUUUAAAAGUGUAAAAUGUGCAAAACAGACAGAGUGAAAACAUUUUAUGACUAACAUAUUUGAAGUAUAACGAUAUUUAAACGUUGUUUAAUUAGUUUUGUGUCUGUUAAAUUAUAUUUUUAGGAAAAAUGGCCAUUAUGUUUUGCGUUUAUUUUUUAUGAUAAUUAUUGAGACCAUGAGACAACAAGUAUAAGAAGGAACGGCGUCAUCCCCUCUGGGGCUUUGAGCAAUGGGGCGGACCACCGGCGCAGUAUACCUCUUUACAGUUCAUUUUCUGUCGUGUAUUAUUGUUUGCCGAUUAGACAGCGGCAACAGUCGUCCGAGAGACCAGAGUACCGUGUCAGAAUCGUCAAGACGAUUCCGUGCGGAGUUCCUGGAAGAUUGGCCGCAGGCGCCGGGCGCGCCGUACUUUGACCCCAGUACGCCCGACAAUGUGACCGGUCUUGUAGGGCACCCGGUCACAUUACUCUGCAAAGUCAAGAAUUUGCAGAAUAGAACUGUAUCAUGGGUGAGACAUCGCGACAUCCACUUACUGACCGUCGGUCGGUAUACGUACACCUCUGAUCAGCGCUUUGAGGCGCAGCACAAGCCUCGCUCUGAGGAGUGGGCGCUGCGGAUACGCAGUCCGCAGCGCCGGGACUCUGGCCAGUACGAGUGCCAGAUCUCCACCACUCCGCCCAUUGGACAUGCUGUGCAUCUCAAUAUCGUAGAACCGGAAACGGAAAUUCUAGGCGGCCCGGAUUUAUUUAUCUACGCUGGGUCCACAAUAAAUUUAACGUGUAUCGUACGACACACCCCAGAACCACCAAUUACAAUUAAUUGGACUCACAGAAGCAAGACGAUAAAUUUCGACUCCACUCGCGGUGGUAUAUCGCUGGUGACUGAGAAAGGGAUACACAGUAGCAGUAGACUGCUAGUGCAAGCUGCGCGGACCUCGGACGCGGGCGCAUACCAAUGUGUUCCAGAUAAUGCGCAGUCGGCCACUGCGCGUGUUCAUGUACUUACUGGAGAAACACCAGCGGCGAUGCAAGGCAGCGCUCAAUGGGCCAGUUCUUUGAGUUUGCCAGCUCUCAUAUUAUUGGCCUACGCCAUACUAGUUCUACAAGUCUGAUUUAGUUAUCCAUUCAUACCGUUUUGUGGAGAACUUUAGCUGCAUUGCAGUUAUUACGACGCAAUAGCUUUGAUAAUAAAUUUUAACAGUGCCGAUUUAUACAGAUUGUUGUGAUGCUUCGGACAUAAGGUAGAUAACAACAAAAAAUUUAUAAUCUUAUAAUAAAACAACUAAAAAUAAGGGAUAUAAAGUGCAAGUUGAACUUGAGUAAAAACAUUUUAUGACAAUCUACAUGACAACAAUAAUUGUUUUAUGUAAAGUGCCAGUGAAAGUGAUUUGUUACGAAAUGAAUGCGGCGUGAACAGCAGUUGUGUUUUUCAAAUUUUAAACUGAUGUGAAACAUCAAAAUGUGCAAUAGACAUAUCUGUGCCAAUACUGCAUAGAAUAUCCUACAAUCAGGGUAAAUAUAACUAUAAAAAUUUCAAUACAUAAUUAGUAAUUUCAAAUUCAAUUCGAACGUUGUCGAUCAAUAAAAAAAAUCGAUUAUUGUAGCAAUCAUAAAAUAUGAUAGUUUAGAACUGUUUGUUUUCAAACUUGACGUUGAUUUCAAUAAAAGACCA